CGGCGACGGAGGAGGAGUAUCAGGCUCCACCAACUACUGCUUCGGGGCCCCUUUGCUGUCCUAAAACGCUUCCCUGUUGGCUCGGAAGAGAGCGCGCGCCUCGCCCGGCUCGGCACCUUUCACAGCGGGAAGAAGAGGGAAGGCCAGUCCACCGUUGCCUCCAAGUACUCUACUAUCCUGAGUCCAGAAAGCUAACAUGCUACCAGAGAAAGACUCUAAAAAGCUUGAGGAGAAGGAUCCCAAAGAAGAGCCACCUGUCACUCUCUUCCGGGAAUAUCUGAGAAUCAAGACAGUCCAGCCUCAGCCUGAUUAUGAUACAGCAGUAAAAUUCCUGGAAAGAAUAGCUUCUGAACUUGGUCUACAGUGUCUGAAAGUGGAGGUCUGCCCUGGCCGUGUGAUCACCAUUCUGACGUGGAAAGGCACAAACCCACAACUCCGCUCCAUCUUACUGAAUUCUCAUACAGAUGUUGUGCCAGUCUUUGAGGAACAUUGGCAGCAUGAUCCCUUUUCAGCUUUCAAGGAUUCUGAGGGAAAUAUCUAUGGACGGGGAGCUCAAGAUAUGAAAUGUGUAUCUAUCCAAUACAUAGAAGCCAUACGGAAGCUGAAAGCUGAAGGAAGACAUUUUUCACGAACCAUUCAUAUGAGCUUUGUCCCAGAUGAAGAGAUUGGAGGCCACAAGGGGAUGGAAAUAUUUGUGAAGACUCCUGAGUUUGCAGCACUAAAUGUUGGCUUUGCCUUGGAUGAAGGCCUAGCAAACCCAAGUGACACUUUCACUGUAUUCUAUGGCGAGAAAUGCCCAUGGUGGAUUAAAGUGAAAGUAGAAGGCAAUCCAGGACAUGGAUCCAGAUUCAUUGAGAAUACAGCUGCUGAAAAGAUGCACAGAGUGAUCACUUCUUUCCUAGAAUUCAGAGAAUGUGAAAAACAAAGAUUGAAAACAGAGGAACACCUCACUUUAGGAGAUGUAACAUCUGUGAACCUGACCAUGUUGAAUGGAGGUGUAUUAUUCAAUGUGGUCCCCUCUGAGCUGUCUGUUGCCUUUGACAUCCGGAUCCCCCCUACAGUGGACUUAAAGGCGUUUGAGGAGCAGCUCACAUCCUGGUGCAAAGCGGCUGGUGAAGGUGUGACAUAUGAGUUCCACCAGAAAUACAUGGAUCAGACUGUUACCUCCACAGAGGAAUCUGAUCCCUGGUGGAAGGCAUUCAGUGACACCUGCAAGGACAUGAAUAUGAAGCUGAAGUGUGAGAUCUUCCCUGCUGCCACUGACAGCCGCUAUAUCAGAGCAGCAGGUCACCCUGCUAUUGGCUUUUCCCCCAUGAACUACACGCCUGUGCUGCUGCAUGACCACAAUGAAUUCCUGAACGAGCAGGUCUUCCUUCGUGGGAUUGAGAUCUAUGCUCGCCUCAUCCCGGCACUGGCCGGUGUCCCUCCUCUGCGAGCAGAAGCCUGAAGGCCUAGCAGACGGCAGCAGUUGGGGGAUAUGGGGGAGGUAGAAAAACCAAUGAAAGAGAGAGAGGAUCCUUUGAUAUUGUGACUGAGGGCUUAUGGCUUCUAAGACUGUGUUUUGCCAAGAGGAAGUGGAGUUCCAGCAUCCCUGGGUGUGACACAAGGGACAAAGCAAGCUGGAAGCAGCAACUAACCCAACCACGCGUAAAUUAGGGUCCUGUUGGUAUCAGUGACUUUUUCUCUGCUGCCUACUAAUGAACCUAGAAACCCUUCUUUCCACAAUUCCAGAUGGAAAAUCAUGUCUCUCCUUUUCUAUUAACAGUUUCUCAGUUUAGGGAUAAAAGGAUAGUCUUCAUGGCUUCUGAAUCAGCAGAUUUCCAGGACUAGUUUCUCACUACUGAAACACUGAACAGGAAAAUGUUACUGUCAUAUUAACUGUCUUUCUGCUGCUACCACACCCUUUUGCCAUGUCGUUUUCUUAAGGAAAAGAGUCUCGUUCACAUUGGUAAACCUAAGGACAAAGCAAAAUGGAGAUGUAGGCACUGAAAUCUUGAGGAGCUGGGGUGAGCUGGGCGUGCUGGUGUUUAAACUGCUGGUGUUGACGUGGAGUGAUUUUUUUUUUAACUUUCUCUGACAUGCCCAGUACUACUAUGCAAGGCCAACACUUUGUAGAAUUCUGCUACCAUGGAGCAAAUUUUUCUCAACUCUGUUAUAAUACUGAGCAUUUUUUCUUAGUUUCCCUAUUUGUAAAGGAGAAUCAGUUAUGGCACUUAGCCUUUGCCCCAUGAGAUCUUCCAGAGGAACAAAGUGUGUUGAAAGUAGAUGAAAGGGAACUUAAUAAAUAGAUUAAUUACAAAGGAA